AUGGAUCCUCAGCUUCCGAAGAUUGACUUGAUGAUGGACCCAUCAUGGUAUUGGUUAAACGACAAAUUUAGCCUCGAUCCUCAAGCGCUCUUCACCACGCUACACGAUCGCUUUAAUACUAAGAAAUUUCCUUUACAGGAUCCUGUUGCUUUUCACCGGGAUGUCUACGAAUGUGCCGACAAGGCCGAAAGUCUAGAUCAGUUCUACUCUAAACUAGGGGAGCGGAAGGCUCAAAGGAUUGAGGAGAUGGCUAAGGCAUGGAAUGAGAUCGGCACCUGGCUUGCAGCAUUCCCUAAAAGCCUGUUCUGCCAACUAUGCUACGACGAGGAGAAUAUGGAGGUAAAGUUGAAACCGGGCAGUUUGAAUGACGGCCCCGUAGAGCGAUGGCAAGCCUUUACUCAAUUCACGCGCACAAUGUCGUUUGACUCGAUGGUGAGAUUUUUUGAUGGCUUUGCUAGAGAUGAACGCAAGAAACAGGAGGGGAAGAGGCGUGGGCGGAAGGAGAGGCUGGAAAGUUUCAAGAGGGAGCGUGCGGCCGAGCGCUUGGCUGCUGCUUUUCGAGCUAACAAAGUAGCUGCUCCGGACUUUACUACUGACAGUUCUCCCAGGACAGCGAGCAGCAGACCGAAGUCGUCUCGAGAUGCGUCAAACCUAAGAACCCCGACAUCUCCAGCGGCUACUAUUAGCGACAAGCCACGACCCACAUCAUCAUCCAGACGACGCGGCCCGGACCAGCCCGAGGCGUUGGCGGAAGCACGAACAACCGAGGGCUCAACAAGAAGAAAGAGGAGCAGUGAUGAGGAUACGAACGGAUCUAAAAGGAAGAAACGGCGCGUGAUGAGUGAGGGUGCUGGAGAUAGGGAUGCGGAGAAGCCUACUGCCGGACAAUACAAACGGAGGGCUGCAGAAGCUACGCCGACCUCGAAGCAAGCUGAGCAACGCAAAAUGAUAGACGAUUUCCAAGACGAUACGAGAAAGAAGCGAUCCAGAAUAAUUAACGAUCCAAUCUCAAGUUUCCGACAACCGCCGGAACGGGCUGCCGAGCUGUACCAAAUCGCGCGAGAUAUGACACCAUCUGAGGCGAGCAGGGCAAGCAGUCUUUGCUCAACCGCGGUUCUACCUGGCUACGAUCUAGAUAUGACGGACGAGGAGCGCAUCCAAGGGGUGCCCAGAAAAUUAGAGCCGAACAGCUCUGUUUCUACUGAUGAUAAUCUAUCGUUUACCACUGCCCAGUCGUCUCCAAAAGAAGAUACCGAAGCGAUAGCGACAAUUCCGGCGCCUAAAGGAUAUGCAAAUACAGAGCUCUUGCAGAGAAACCAGGCGUCCUCACAACGAGAUAGAGAUGGGCUUGCGGCCAAGACGUCUACUAUCUCAGCAGACACAAGAGGAUUUAACGGGAAGCCUCGAUCCCCCCGCCGGCAACGAGUUGAUAAGAGACGAUCACGUGGAGAACAAAAGUCACCGACACCGAAGAAGCAACUUCGUCAAAGAAAACUUCAAGAGCAGAACGCCUCACCUUCGGUCCAACAAAUUCUGCGUUCCGGCCGAGCUUCCAGACGAGACCCUGCACAAGAGCUGUGGUUCCUUGGCGAUGAUGGUACGACUUGCGCGGUGGCAAGUAAAAAGCGAAAUUAG